AUGUCUCUAUUUCAUGUGGUAUUUGGUAAAGCAUGCCACCUUUCAGUGAAAAUUGAGCAUAGAUCAUAUUGGGUAGUGAAGAGUUGUAACAUGACACUUGAGCAAGCUGAAAAAGAAAGGAAGCUUCAACUUCAGGAGCUUGAUGAGCUUCGCUUGCAAGCCUAUGAGAACUCUAGGAUGUAUAAAGAAAAAGUCAAAAAAUUCCAUGAUACAAAAACUCUGGGGAAAGAGUUCUCUGUGGGACAGAAAGUGUUAUUGUUUAAUUCUCAUUUGAAACUGAUUGCAGGUAAGCUUCGAUCUAGAUGGGAUGAACCUUUUGUGAUUACUAAUGUUUUUCCCCAUGGUGCAGUUGAAAUUAAGGAUGAAGCUACUAGCAGAGUUUUUAAAGUUAAUGGUCACCAAUUGAAACUAUUCCAAGAAAGCAAACCUAUGGAGAAGGCUCAAAAUAUAGAUGAUGUAUCUUUAGUGGAGCAUAUUUUGAUGGAGGAAGUGUCUACAUAG